ACCGCAGCCAAUAUGAUCAGCAGUGGAUUUUCUCAACGGUCAUCCUGCACCAAAGAUCAACAUAGUGUCAAGGAGAAACAGCACAGCUCAGAGCAAUCAUCUCUAGGAGUCAUGAUAGACUGCAUAAAAAAUGGAGAAGAAGCAGCACAGAAUAUUUGUGUGGAAGAGGUUUUAGCAGGGGACACUCUUGCUCCAGCCCAGUGCCUUUGGACCACAGAGGCAAGUGGAUCUGUGCGACUGAGAAUAGAUGACAACUGUCCACAGGAGCCAAUCACAGUCCAUCAGAUGUUUAUCACCUCAGUUCAGAAAUAUGGCAGUUUGUUUGCCCUGGCAACUAAAAGAAAUGGCAAAUGGGAAAAGAUUACAUUCUCUGAAUACUACCAGUGCUGCCGGAUGGCUGCUAAGAGCUUUCUGAAGUUGGGGCUGGAACGUUUCCAUAGUGUUGCCAUUUUGGGAUUUAAUUCACCAGAGUGGUUUAUUUCUGCCAUAGGAGCUGUCUUUGCAGGGGGUAUUAUGACAGGGAUCUAUACCACAAAUUCUCCUGAAGCCUGUCAUUAUGUGGCAAGUGACUCAAGAGCAAAUAUUAUUGUAGUGGAAAAUCAAAAGCAACUGGAUAAAAUUUUGCAGAUUAAAGAUAAACUGCCAUAUUUGAAAGCCAUUGUGCAAUAUUCUGGAGCUUUGGUGGAGAAACUGCCCAACCUGUAUUCAUGGGAGGAGUUCAUGAGCCUGGGUCUGGAGAUUCCAGACAAAACCCUUGAUGGCAUUAUCAGUAGUCAGAAAGCCAACCAAUGCUGUGUGCUUAUCUACACAUCAGGAACCACAGGCAUGCCAAAAGGAGUGAUGCUCAGUCAUGACAAUAUCACCUGGACAUCUCGCCAUGUCAGCAGGGCUGGAGACAUGCAGCCAGCUGAGAUAAAACAGGAAUCAAUAGUGAGCUACCUCCCCCUCAGCCAUAUUGCUGCUCAGAUCUAUGACCUGUGGACAGGAAUUCAGUGGGGGGAGUUGGUCUCUUUCGCACAGCCUGAUGCUUUGAAGGGCAGCUUGAUCGAGACUUUGAAAGAGGUCAACCCUUCAUCCCAUAUGGGAGUACCUCGUGUUUGGGAAAAAAUAAUGGAGAAAAUAAAGGAGGCUUUCUCACAUUGUGGAUACAUAAAAAAGAAACUGCUGACCUGGGCCAUGUCUGUUAGUUUGGAGGCUAACCAAAGGGAUGAGGAGAGAUCAAUUCUUUUUACCCUAGCAGAUACGCUGGUCCUUGAAAAACUUCGUGCCGAGCUGGGCUUCUCUUGUUGUGAAAAGUUUUUCUCUGGUGCAGCUCCACUCGGAAACGAUACAGUCCAGUUCUUCCUUGGCCUCAACAUUAGGUUAAAUGAGGCUUAUGGCAUGAGUGAAAGCAGCGGGCCUCAUUUUAUGUCUGGUCCAAACGUUUACAAGCGGUUAAGUUGUGGCAAAGUGGUUCCUGGCUGCAGAUAUAAACUUUUGAACAUUGAUACUGAUGGUGUCGGAGAGGUGUGCCUUUGGGGUCGGACUAUCUUUAUGGGCUAUCUCAACAUGGAGGAUAAAACCAAAGAAACCUUGGAUGAGGAUGGCUGGCUGCAUUCUGGAGAUUUGGGCAAAACAGAUGAAGAUGGUUUCCUUUAUAUUACUGGACGGAUAAAGGAGUUAAUCAUAACUGCCGGUGGAGAGAAUGUCCCACCAGUUCCUAUAGAGGAUGCUGUAAAAAAGGAGCUGCCUAUAAUCAGUAAUGCCAUUCUGAUUGGUGACAAGAGGAAGUUUCUCUCAAUGCUGCUUACAAUUAAGUGUUUCACCAAUGCUGAAAGCAUGGAACCCACCGAUGACCUUACUUCCGAUACUGUGGAAUACUUUCAACAACACGGCAUCGAGGCAACAAAGGUUUCCGAUGUAAUUGGGGGGAAAAAUCAACUAGUCAGCCAGAUUGUUCAGGAGGGCAUUGACCGAGUCAACGCUAAGGCCAACUCAAACGCCCAGCGUAUCCAGAAAUGGACGAUUUUAGGGAAAGACUUCUCAGUCCUUGGAGGAGAGUUAGGCCCAACGAUGAAACUACGACGAUCUUUUGUUUUGAAGAUGUACCACAAUGAAAUAGAAAAUUUCUACAGAGAAUGAAAAAGGAACUACAGCUAACCAGACUAGACCAGGAUUGUCACGAGCAUUCUACCUCACUGAUCACACCCAAUUCAGUUACUUCAUCUGCUAAUUACCAAAGCUUAUCAAAGAUGAAUUUGGUUUGCUUUAAAAGGGAA